CCCACCCACCCACCCACCUACCUCAAUCUCACCGUAAUAAUUAACACUAUCAGCGUCAUAUUCAUUAUCAAGGAGAGUGAAACUACGCAAUCUUACAACAAUGGCGGCGGCUACGGCGACGAUGAUGAUGCUGCAACAGCCAUUUCUUCAACAAUGCCCGUCUCUCGCCGCAUUUCCUCAUUCUCCCUCAUCAAUCUCCUUGUCUUCAUCUUCUUCCCGCUUUUCUGUGAAAUUCAUCGUUCACUCUUGCUGCCAAACGUCUCCGUCGCCGAUGAAUGUUGUCAAUGGAAAUGUUGAUUUGAAACCUGCCGAGCGUUCGGAAAUUCGGCUCGGACUUCCUAGUAAAGGUCGCAUGGCUUCCGACACUCUCGACCUUCUUAAGGAUUGUCAGUUGUCUGUGAAGCAAGCGAAUCCGCGGCAAUACGUUGCUCAAAUUCCUCAGAUUUCAAAUUUGGAGGUGUGGUUUCAGCGGCCAAGCGAUAUUGUAAGGAAGUUGCUAUCCGGAGAUCUGGAUCUUGGUAUUGUAGGAUUUGAUACUCUCAGUGAGUAUGGACAGGGCAGUGAAGACCUUGUUAUUGUUCACAAUGCUCUGGAUUAUGGGGAGUGCCGCUUAUCAAUUGCAAUUCCUAAAUAUGGCAUAUUUGAGAACGUAAACUCUGUGAAGGAGCUUGCAGAAAUGCCUCAAUGGACAUCUGACAAACCUCUGCGAGUUGCCACUGGUUUCACUUAUCUUGGUCCGAAGUUCAUGAAGGAUAAUGGGUUGGAGCAUGUUGCUUUUUCAACUGCCGACGGAGCACUUGAGGCAGCCCCUGCUAUGGGGAUUGCUGAUGCAAUAUUGGAUCUUGUUAGUAGCGGGACAACCUUAAAAGAGAAUAAUUUGAAAGAAAUUGAAGGUGGGGUUGUGUUACAAAGCCAGGCUGUGCUUGUCGCGAGCAAGAAAUCCUUGUACAAUCGUAAAGGUGUUCUUGACACAACCCAUGAAAUACUAGAGAGAUUUGAGGCACACCUAAGAGCAGAAGGUCAAUUUACGGUUGUGGCAAACAUGAGGGGCAGUAGUGCAGAGGAAGUUGCUGAGAGAAUACUAAGCCAGUCAUCUUUAUCUGGACUGCAGGGGCCCACUAUUAGUCCUGUUUUCUGCAAAAAAGAUGGAAGGGCGUCAGCAGAUUAUUAUGCUAUAUGUAUCUGUGUACCUAAAAAGGCCCUCUAUACAUCGGUUAAGCAACUAAGAGCUAUUGGUGGCAGUGGAGUCCUCAUUUCACCUCUCACCUAUAUAUUUGAUGAAGAAACCCCAAGAUGGUGUGAGUUGCUCAACAAACUUGGCCUAUGAUGAUUGUCGACAUUUUAAGCGUUUUUAUGUCCGCUCUCCAGAUGGAUAAACUUACGAAUACCAUUGUGACAGAAGAAGUGUAUCCGAAAGCAAUCAGUACAUUUUGUAUGUCAUCUUUAUUAGAAAGUAUGUAUCCUGUCCAACCUAUCGAACGGAUUAGAUGUAAGGAAAACGUGAAAGGAAAGUGUUGUCUCGAUUUUCAAAAGUGUAUAAUAAAUUUGUUGUACACCAGGAGAACUUUUACUCUUUUACCCAGUUUUAUACAUUAUUAGUGAUUUUGAAGUAAUAAUUUUAUUAAAAUGAUAAUUUUUAUCACUGAGAAAUAUAUAACUUUUACAUA